AUGCGAUCUUUUCUCGGCCUCGCACAUUACGACGGACAUGCACAACAUAAAUCGCGGCUGUACAAUUUUCAACGCACGCGCACGUUUGGCACUACGGCUAUCCCCUCUAUUCUUGUUCCUCCCCUCAUCUUCUUUGGACUCCUGAUUUCGCUCUGGACCUGGAAAUGUUUCUGGAUCGUCAUUCUGCAAGACAAACUAUUAUACCUCUCUUGGUUACCGCCACUUGCGCGCUCUGAAAAGAUUGCGGACUACGAGCGCGAAUGCCAACCAGUACAGUGGACAGAAAAACGGAUCCAAAGCCUUGAUAGGACUAAGUUAGCGGUAUGCGAAGGCCACAUUCCACUCCAGCGCCGUGAUGGUCGGACUACUGUCGCGCAAAGAGCGACAGUGAAGAGAAAAUCUGUCGUCAUAUGUUAUUUCCAAGGAAAUGGUGGCUCGACUCCUCUUCGCCUGCCACUUCUUUCUCAGGUCUUGCGGAUGAUAGAUGAAAAGUCAAAGUCACAUCCGUCGCCCACCUAUUCAUCAGAUGCCACUGAGUACACUGUGGUAGCCUUAUCAUAUCGCGGCUAUUGGACAUCCUCAGGUCGUGCAACGCAGUCCGGUAUUGAGCUUGAUGCCCAAUCGUUUUUAAACUGGGUAUCGGAAACCUAUGCGUCGCCAGACACUGACCUUGAAGUCAUUCUCUGGGGACACAGUCUUGGUUCAGCCAUCGCGAGUACUGCUACCGCUACGUACCUGUCUCAUCAUAAGCGCGCUCGUCCAAUAAAUAUCGCUGGAUUGGUCUUGGAGGCACCGUCCUCUAGCAUUAAAGAUAUGUUGAUUAGCCUAUAUCCCCAGAAAUGGCUACCAUAUAGAUACCUGUGGCCAUUUUCGUGGAACCACUGGAGUUGUACUACGGCUAUGGAGAGGAUUGCUAGCUGGCGGGACCAGAACGAACACCACAGCAAGGUCUCACCUCCUCCAAUACUGUUGCUUUCCGCGGAGAACGAUGAAGUGAUCCCGCCACAUGUAGCGGAUGGUUUGGAAUCCGAUAGUCAAAGGCUUGGAUUGAAACUCGAGAGGAAAACUGUACCUGGGGCGUUGCAUACAGAGGCACCAGUCAAGUUAGAUGGUAGAGAGGCAUUGGUCAACUUCAUACUCAAGAACACCUCGCCGGGAAGAAGCGCAGUUUGA